CAUCUGCUUCAGUCUGUGCAGUAGUCUUCUACCACCGUGCGCCGCCAUGAAGUGCUUCUCGCUCGUCCUCCUCGUCGUCCUUGCGGCGUCGCCCUUGUCCACCACCGCAAACGUCAUAUGCAUCGGAGUUGGCACAUACACGGCCAACAGCACAUAUGAAGCCAACCUCCGCCGCCUCGCAUCCAUCCUCCCGGCCGAGAUCUCCUCCUCGCCCCAAGCCCAAGGCCUCCACGCUCUCGGGUACUGGCCUAACCGGCUGCGAGCCACCUGGACAUGCUUCGGCGGCAGCUCGUCCUCUUGCUCCGCGUGCAUCGCCGCUGGCUUCCACGAAUCGGAGGGAGAGUGCCCCUACAGCAAGGAGUUCUUCUUCUCCGGUGGCGACUGCCAGCUCCAUGUCGCCGACUUCCGUGCUUUCGAGCGCUUCUUCCGCCCCACUCUGACCGAAAGCGUGGCUGUGGUAGUGGCGCUCCAAGCUGUAGCGUUUGCAUUUCUUCUCUUCUUGUUUGUGCAGGAAUGGCGUCAUAGGUCUGAUGCGUUCCAGUCCUCUUCCAUCAGCAGAUAAAUAAUUGAUCAACUUGGUACAAUUUCAGCACCGACAGGAAUAUAACGUGUAUACUUUAAUAAAAUAUGUAUGCUUUCCAUAAAGCUUUGAGAGGUUUCACGAUCCUCCUUUUGUUUCCCCAAAGAAUCAAAGAUACAAACAAUUUGGAAUAUCCACUUCGCUUAUUAUGUUUGUGGUUAGUGAUUAUGUUGUCUAUAUAUGCUCCUAGGUUCCCUUUUCACUGAAA